CCCAACCUCAUUACAAUCUCUCAACCCCUGGGACUCCCAAACGAAAACAAUGAAGAGGAAUACAACAACGCUGCUGUUUGUCCUAUGCUGGAUGUGCUUGGCAUGUCCAACAACAGCCUUUUUACUCUCACAAUCCCAAACUUCCCCUCCCACAGCCCUUGCCAUGGCCAAAAAGAAAGGGGGAGGAGGUGCCGCCACCAAAAAGAUUCAAGUGAAAAUGCUCAAGGACGUUCCCGGAACGGGCCAACGAGGCGCCGUGAUAAUGGUGACACCGGCCUUUUUCCAAAACAAACUGCGACCAACGAAAUCCGCCCAAAUAAUUAGUGACGAGGAAGUGGCCGAAGAAGAAUCGGAAAAAGCCGCCGCCGAAGCUGAAGAAAAGGCGGAAGCUAUGGCCGUCAAGGAAUGGUUGGAAGCGCAAGUGUUGCAAAUCAAACGCAAGGCAGGACCCGAGGGCCACUUGUUUGGUGGAAUUGGCGGCAAGGUCAUUCUGCGAGAAUUGCAAAAAUCGGAUCCCAGUCAUGCCGAUUUCUUGAAAAGCAAGGCCGUCAAGGUGGUGGCUGUGACGGAUGAAAAUGGCAAAAAGAUGCGACAAGAUAUCAAGAUACUAGGAGACUUUGGAGCACAAAUUGCACUGGCCAAAGAUAUCAAGGGUGCUAUCAAGAUAUCUGUGGUGCCAGAGGAGUGA